UGGAACAAACUAGAAAUAAAAUUGUAAAAUGGCUGACUGUUUAUUGCGCGCAGUUUUAUUUUCAUUGAUUAAUAAUAUUUACAUUGGCUAUCAGUAAUUAUUAAUACAUAAAAAAAAUCAUUGAUAAAAUAUUUAUAAGCUAAAUAUUGUUAAAAAAAUAACGACACGUUAAAUUAUUAGCUUUGUUUAUGAUAAAUAUUAUUAUUUGUGACAAAUUUAUAUAUUAUUAGUGACAUUAAACUUUCAAAAGUGUCGAGUAAUACAAUUUUUUUUUUUUUUCCUUUUUACAUACAAUUUAUUUAUAAUUUUUUGAUUAAAAAAAAAAAAAAGAAAAUAUUUUUUAUUUUGUUGGUUAAUUUGACAAUAAAUAAACUGAUACGUUUAAUGUUGUCAUUGUCAAGUGUCAAUUAUUGUUUAUCAACAGUUAUUGUUACAUCAUGAUGAAAUAUAUUUAUUGAUAAAAUCAAUUUGUUAAUAAUAAUGGCAGAAGAAAAUCUGCCAGCAAGCCUGGAAAAGCUUGAAAUUAAUCGUCUGUCAGUGAAUGGUUUACACAGCAGUGUAAAUAACGAAAUGUCAACAUCAACAAAUCCAUUUCGUUCAAGUGGACGAUGUACAACAAAAAUCGAUACAAAUUAUUUGUUUCGCAGAAGAUCAAUGCCAAAUAGACCAACGAUAAAUUUUACAAGUCCACGUGGUGUUAAAACAACAACAAUAUUUAAACCAUCAAAAUUUGAUAAACAACAAGAACAACAAAUGAAAAAAAAUACAAUAUUAAGAGAUGCUAUAUUAAAAUUAAAUAAUUCAAAUAAUUUAAAUACAACAGUUGAUGAUUUAGCAUGUAAAUUAUUUAAUAAAUUUGGUAAUGCAAUUGUUACAAAUGAUUUUAAGGCAUUACAUUUAAAUCAAGAUUCAAGAUUGAUUAAAGAUGAUACAAGUAUUAUUGAUAGUUUUAAUACAAGUAGUUUUCAACGUGCUAGAAGUAAUACAAUGCCAAGUUUAAAAAGAGGACCGGGUCCAGGUGGUGGUGUUGAUGCUGCUGGUGAUGCUGGCAAUAAUGAUAAUGAAAUUAAUAAUCCAUCAACAUCAACGUCAUUGUUGUUGUCGUCGUCAUCGUUGACGUCAUCAACUUCGUCAGCUACAUCAGCAGCAACAGCAACAUUAUCAACAACACCAUUGACAAAUGUUUUAUUUAGUGGUAAUGAUGAAAUUAUUAAUUCAACAACAAGUGGACAAUCAACAAGUAAUAAUACAUGUUCAAUACAAGCUAGAAUAUCACCACCAUCAUCUUGUGAUGUUACUAUUGAUGAACUUGCCAGUUAUUUUGAAGAAUUUGUUCAUAUUCCAAAGAAAAUGUCACACAUGGCCGAAAUGAUGUAUAUUUAAUUAUUAAAUAUUAUUAUUUUUAUUUCUUUAUAUAUUAUUAUUAAUAAUAUAUAUUCAACUUUAAUAUUCUUUUUCGUCAUUUUUAUUUUUAAAUUAAUUAAAGCUAAUUUAAUGAUUUAUUUAUAAAAUACAUACAGUCUUUAUUUUUAAAAAUUUCAAUUAGUCAAUACUUUUUUUUUUUCUUUCUUUUUUUUUUAGAAUCUCUAUUGUGAUUUUUCAUUUUUUUUUUUCCCUGAUAAUAUUUAAAUAAUUUUAAAAAAUUGAUACACUUGAAUUGAUUAUAUUUUUUCAUUUAAAUAGUUGAGUAAUAAUGAUUGAAUUUUUUUUUUUUAAAUUACAUAAUUGAGUGGGAUUUUAAAAAAUUAAUUUUUUUUAUUUUGAAAGGCUUUUUUAAAACACAUCACCAGGCUUGAUUUUUUUAUAAAAAAAAAAUUUUUAUUUAUUUAUCAAGUGUGUCAUUAACCAUUAAUAAUAAAAUUUAAAAUUUAUUAAUUAUUUUUAAAAAAUAUUAAAAUCAAUCAUUUUGUGUAUUUUAAAAUUAAAAAAAAAAGAAAAUGAAAUUCUGUAAAAAAAUAACAAAUUAUAUAUUUUUUUUUGUCUGUGUUUAUUAUUAUUAAUAUUAUAUUACAUUUUCAACGGUAUUAUGUAUGAAUAUAAUUUUUUUUCUUUUUUGUAUUAUAAUGUAAAAAUAAAUAAUAAUAAAGUGAGGAUAUUUAUUCUCGAAGUUUGUUUUUUUUUUUUCUUCUGUGUGGAUAUAUAAUAUAUAUUUUUUAAUAAAAUUAAAUUAUUGUAAAUAUGGAACUAUUAUAUUUAUCUGCAAUGAGUAUGAAUAAUUAAUACAAUAAUUUACAAAUUAAUCAUAAUAAAUUACGUCAUGAUAAUAAAUUUUCGGUGAAUUAAUUUUUUUCAAUUAUUAUUUCGAAUUAGUUUUGUAGCUUUAUUGUGGUUGUUAAUAAAAUUAAUAAUCGAAUAGAAUAUUUCGAGUGUUCAAGAAAAAGAAAAAAA